AUGGAUGCUGCUGCUGCACAGACAGGUCGAUUACAAGUGCGUGAUGAGAUCGGGAUUAAAUGUCAAAAGUUGUUUCAGGAUUUUCUGGAGGAAUUUAAGGAAGAUGGAGAGAUCAAAUACUUAGAGCCAGCUAAAGAACUCAUUAGUCCAGAACGUUGUACAUUAGAGAUAUCAUUAGAGGAUAUAGAGACAUAUAAUCAAGUUCUUGCUGCGACUAUAAUAGAGGAAUACUACAGGAUAUAUCCAUUUUUGUGUCAAGCAGUAUGCAACUUUGUCAAGGACAUAGGAGAGUUGGAAAAAAGUAAGGAAUGCUACGUUAGUUUUGUUGAUGUAUCUGCCAGGCAGAAAUUAAGAGAUUUGAACACAUCACGUUUGGGUACUUUGUCUCGUAUAUCCGGACAAGUGGUGCGUACACAUCCGGUUCAUCCAGAGUUGGUUCUUGGUACUUUUAUUUGUAUGGACUGUAACGCGUGUAUUAAAAAUGUGGAGCAACAAUUUAAGUUCACAAAUCCAACAAUCUGCUCUAAUCCUGUAUGUAGCAACAGACGCCGUUUCAUGCUAGAUGUGGAUAACUCGGUGUUUGUGGACUUUCAAAAAGUAAGGAUACAAGAAACACAAGCUGAGCUUCCUAGAGGAGCUAUACCCCGUUCCAUUGAAAUUAUUCUGAGAGCAGAGAUGGUCGAAUAUGUACAAGCCGGCGACAAGUACGACUUUACUGGGACCCUCAUAGUAGUUCCAGACGUGGGGAUGUUGUCUCUGCCAAACGUCAAGGCAGAAAUCGGACCAAGAAACAGAAAUAAUGAUCAAAGAGAAGGUGUAAGUGGCCUCAAGUCACUCGGUGUCAGAGAAUUAACGUACAAAACGGCCUUCCUCGCCUGCAGCGUUACUGCUACGAGUUUAAGAUUUGGAGGUACAGACAUGGCAAUGGAGGAGAUCUCGCAGGAAAUGAUGAAGAAACAAAUGACAGAGGCGGAGUGGAAUCGCAUAUACGAGAUGAGUCGAGACAAAAAUUUAUACGAGAACCUAGUCUCCAGCAUGUUUCCUGCGAUCCACGGUAACGACGAGAUUAAGAAGGGAAUUAUUCUCAUGUUCUUUGGCGGCGUGCCAAAGACCACGGAAGAAUGCACGUCUCUGCGGGGGGACAUCAACAUCUGCAUCGUCGGUGAUCCCAGCACCGCGAAGUCGCAGUUCCUCAAGUGCGUGGCCGACAUUUCACCGCGGGCGGUUUACACAUCCGGAAAAGCAUCGAGCGCGGCAGGCUUGACGGCCGCGGUAGUGCGAGACGAGGAAUCAGCCGACUUUGUCAUCGAAGCUGGCGCAUUGAUGCUUGCGGAUCAUGGCAUUUGUUGCAUCGAUGAAUUCGACAAGAUGGAUUUGAAGGACCAGGUCGCGAUUCACGAAGCUAUGGAGCAGCAGACGAUCUCGAUAGCCAAGGCAGGUGUAAGGGCGACUUUGAAUGCUCGGACGUCCAUAUUAGCGGCGGCAAAUCCUAUCGGCGGGCGAUACGACAGGAGGAAGUCGCUGCAGCAGAAUGUACAGUUAACCGCGCCGAUCAUGUCGAGAUUCGACUUGUUCUUCGUCGUGCUGGACGAAUGCAACGAAAUCGUUGAUAGCGGAAUCGCUAAAAGAAUCAUCGACCUGCAUUGCGAUAAUCUGAGUGACAUUCAUAUAGUGUACAAGCAAGAGGACAUUAUCAGAUAUAUCAAUUUUGCUAAGCAUUUCAAGCCCGUUUUAAAUCAGGAAGCUGCUGAGCUUUUAGUGGACAAUUACACGGCUCUUAGACAGAGAACCGGUAGCGGAAGCGGCAAGUGGAGAGUGACGGUGAGACAGUUGGAGAGCAUGGUUAGAUUGUCGGAGGCGCUGGCGAAACUCGAAUGCGUGGACGAAGUGACGGUGAAGCACGUGAGAGAAGCAAAACGAUUGUUGCAGAAAAGUAUAGUUACGGUGGAACAGCCUGACGUGGAUCUCGAAGAAGGCAUGGACGACGCGAAUAGAGCAAUGGAUGUCGACGAGGCACCCCCGCUGAUGGAAGCUCUUAACGCGUUGGACAAUAACGAAGCACCUCCCCCAACUCCCGGUAACGAGCCACCAAAGAAGAAAUUUACGAUGUCCUUUGAGGUCUACAAAAAUUUGUCGAACAUGUUGAUUCUCUAUAUGAGGAGCGAAGAGAGUCGUGUCGAAAGCGAAGAUGACAAUAAGGGUGGAAUACGGAAGUCCGAAUUGGUUGCGUGGUAUCUCGACCAGAUACAGGAACAAAUAGACUCGGAAGAUGAGCUGUUGGAGCGAAAGAACUUCAUCGAGAAGGUUAUUGAUAGAUUAAUAUACAACGAUCAAAUUAUAAUACCUCUGUCAACAACCGAUCUGAGGAGGAGAGGUACAGAGGAUGGCGAGGAAGACGAGGAGGAUCCUCUGCUGGUUGUUCAUCCUAAUUACGUUAUAGAUGUAUAAUUUUACGCAUAUGUAUUAUCUUAAUGUCGCUGUAAAGUACGUUAAAUUACGAUUAAUUAGUAUUACGAUUAAUGGCCAUUAUAAAUUAUACAUAUUACAAAUUAUACAUAUGCAAUCCUUUGCAUCGAAGGAUGUUAUAUUUUCCUAUUUCGAUAUUGUAUGUCACCAUGUGAUUUGUCACCACAGUGAUUUAAAUGAUUUAUCAUUAAUCGUCAGCUAGAUUACACUUUUUAUAUUUAGUCUCUAAGAAAGUAAGAAAGAAAUAA